CUGCCUUCCCAAUUCCUUGUGAAAGGAAUUGAGAAAUGCCCUUUUACAGAAUUCUUAGAAUGGGUUGUGGCGUUUCCAAGAUAGAUGCCAAUGGCGUCGCCACACCUAACAGGAUCCUCCCCAAUUUCCCCAAUAGAAGGAGGCACAAAGAAUGCACCCCUUCAAAGAAAGAACCAUUGUUGUUGAUGCAUGAAAUACCAGAUGAAGAUCAUGCAAAUAUUAAUAGACAUUCAAUAUCUGCUCCAAAAUGUGAUGACAAUAUGAGUUGUGUCACCUCUGAGGGGUCUAAUGAAAAAAGGGUUGCCAAAAUAAUGGCAAUUGUUCAAGAAGAGGAAAAAUAUAAUGAAGGAGGAGGAGUGCAUGAAAAUGAAGAAAAUGGAGGAGAGAAGGAUGAUAAUAAUGACGACGACCUGAGGGCCAUUAAUAAGCUUCGUGUUGACGAGGAAGAUGGUGAUCUUUACCCUAGUUCACCAAGUUUUAGGGUUUAUUUCACCGAUACGGAUGUUGAAAGCAACAAGAAUGACGUUGCGGCAGGUAAUAACAAGGUUGGCCUGAAGAACAUAACCCCAGUUGCAGCUACCACCAUAUCAUCAACAAAGGAGUGUGUGGUCAAGGAGGAAAAGAAGGAAAUAAGAAAGAAGAGUUUUAGAAAUGUACUACCAAGAAACCUGUUGAAUGUUCGAUCAUCGUCUAACUCUUCAACUCGCUCCACACACCACCACAAUACUCAUCAUCCAGCUUGAUCAUAUCAUGCAGAAGGGAACAACACCUCCACAGGCUUCGUGUAAUUAAUGGGAAUUUGAGAAUUGAAGUGUAACCUUUCAACAAAAAGAACAGACGUUGAAUUUAUUUGUAAACAAAAUAUUCUUCUAUAUUUGUUGUUUUCCUUCCUUUCUUAUAUACACUUCUACCUGUUUUGUUAGACGUUUCAAAUAUACUAUUAACAAGACGUGA